UUAGGCUAGCUAUAUGUACAUAUUUCAUCAUUAUGCCUAAUUUGUAGCUAUAUUUGAGCUAAUUUAGUUUCCUUUAAGUCCUCUUAAUUAAAUUUACAUCUCAUGACACAUGUAAUUUGGCUUUUAAUUUUUUGCGGCUCCAGACAGAUUUUUUUUGUUUUUUUGGUCCAAUAUGGCUCUUUCAACAUUUUGGGUUGCCGACCCCUGGCCUAUACGGCCUAUGCCACGGGCCGGCCCUGGUUAAAAGAGAACUACUAAUAAAACAUUUACAUAAUAAUACUCUGACUUUUAAAGUGGGUAAUCGUAAAAAAGUCAACAAAUCAGGUGCAAUAAACCAGCCACAGUCAGUGGGGCCCACACCGAUAUUCUUUCAGGGGGCUCGGAAUUCCUAGCAACGGCCCUGGAUGUAGUACAGGACUAACUAACGUAUUCGCCCUGGCACCGGAAGGGUUAACAGUCAGGCGGGAAGGUGACGACUCGUUUCCCGCCUCACACGUGAGCGCGUAGCGGAAGACGUCGGAGUCUCUCUCCCCCCUCCCCCUCCCUCCCUCGGCCCUUCAGGAGCGGCUGAAGGUGACUCUCCUCUCGGCUGCGGGAUGCAGAGGGAGCUGCUGGCGGGGACCUCAUCCGGGGAACAUCUGUCCGCCUCAGCCGGGGGUUCCACGUACUAACUGCGGCUCUCCGCGCGGUGUGUCCGAGUCGGUGUCUUUUUGUGACGCGGCGAGCCUCCCGAGGACGACCAGCGCGCUCUGCAUGCAUGAGUUCCGCACCGUGCGGGCGGAAAAAGCGCCCCAGAUCCGCAGGCAGUGUCUUGCCCAUCACGAGAGGGGUACAGGCGGAUUCGGAGAACCGGGAAAGCGCCGUGGACGGCAGCAGGAUGACUGUGCAGGAAUUCAACACCCUGGUGGCGCUGUACCGGGAACAGGUCAUUUCUGUCGGGGAGAUGUCCGCCGACUGUCCGUCUCUGCGGGCUCAGAUGCACUACACCAGAGCCAAAGGAUGCUCCAUGGCCCGGGCUGCGCACCAGAACCUCGCCCUCAUUGCCGUGUCUGGUCCAGAAGACGGAGAGAUCCACCCAGAGAUCUGUCGGCUCUUCAUCCAGCUGCAGUGCUGCUUGGAAAUGUUCAUCACUGAGAUGCUGAAGUCAAUGUGCCUGCUGGGGGUGCUGCAGCUUCACAGAAAAAGUACCAUCGUCAUACAAGGAACUGACUCAGAACCAAAGAUGGACUUUAGAGUUGAUGAAAGUUCGGAUGCUCCCAUCCUGGAAGAUCGUUCCUCCUCUCCUAUCGAUUACCAUCAUGAGCCGUGGCUGGUGGGAGUCCAUAUUGAAAACAUAGAGAGUUCAAACAUUAAAUAUCUUUUCCUAAACUUCAUAUCAGCCGGCCUGUCUUGUUUUUGCGAUCGCUACCCUUGGAGCCCGUGGUCUGCCUGCUCGAGGACCUGCAACCACGGCACACAACACAGACACAGGGAGAUUAAAUAUGACGACUAUUACUGGAAGAGCAGCUGUCCUCAGCUGUGCGAGAGACAUGAUCGGCGCGCUUGUAAUGUGCAGGCUUGUCCCAUCAAUUGUUUGCUGACGGAGUUCGGGCCCUGGUCGGACUGCUCCCCCUGUGCCAAGAAACAGUUACGGACGAGGUCAGUCCAAACUCCAUCCCAGUUCGGUGGUUCCCCUUGCAGUGUGGAGCUGACUGAGGAGAGGCCCUGUUAUCCCUCCACAGAGUGCAAGCUGGCACCGAUCGACUGCAGGGACAACUUCAAAUGUGAUAAUGGACGCUGCCUCAACGCCACGCUAUCGUGCAACAAACAGAACGACUGUGAAGAUAACUCUGACGAGAGGGACUGCGGCGACUUCAAAGUCGUGUGUCCAGCCGAGAAGAGAGUGGCUCCUGGGGCGGACCUGGUGGGAAAUGGGUUUGAUGCACUGGCAAAUGAGCCAAGGGCGGCGGUCCUGAACAAUAUGUUUAUGGGCGAAAAUUGCAUCAUCAGGAGGCCUCAGAGUACACUUCUCUACCAUCGGAUACCUCAUAACUUUGAGAGCUUUGAUAUCAAGGUUGGCAUGCUGGAAGAUUUCAGCACAGAUCCUAAGCCACUCCACACUGAGUCCAUUAAAGUGAAGACCUCUACUUCCCGUGAAGGCAAUGAAAUCUUCAAGAGAUAUGGCUUCUUCUGGAUAUUUUGGCCAAAGGUGACAUCAUACAAGGAUGCUUUUGAAGCCUCAAAGAAAAUGGACUCCUUAUUUUUGCGGGUGCACCAGGUACUCCCUGUGUCCACAUUUAAUGUGCGAGACCCAAGCGAUUUGGUCUUGUCCGGACCUUUUCUCCAGUUCCUCCACGCUCUUCCGCUGGAAUACAACUUCGCCCUUUACAGGGACAUCUUUCAGCGCUUUGGAACACACUACUACAGUUCCGGGACACUGGGGGGUCACUACGACUUGCUCUACCAGUACAACCGAGAAGAGCUCACCAGUUCAGGUGAAACCGAGGAGCAUGUCAAAGGUUGUCUGGGACGAGAAACAAGUUGGACCAAGGUCCUGUACAGUCAACACGGGAAUGUACCCUUGUGCUCCGACAACAAGAUGACUCAAAAAUAUCAAGGCUCGUACAUUCGUGCAGCAGAGAAGUCGUUCUCUGCGGUGAGAGGCGGUCGAGCCAGAGAGGCGGCUGCUCUUGCCUGGGACAAGCAGGGUCCGGCUCCUGAUCGAACCUCCUACAAGAACUGGGCCAAGUCUGUCCUCGAAAAUCCUGCCGUGGUCGAUUACAAGGUGCUGCCCAUCAUAGACCUGGUACUGGGUAUCCCCUGUGCAGCCACAAAGAGGAGGCACCUGAAGAAGGCCCUGCUCCAGUAUUUGGAGGAGUUUGACACGUGCAAGUGUGCGCCAUGCCUCAACAACGCCAAAGCGUAUCUUUCCGGUACUGAGUGCAAGUGUGCCUGCCAGACAGGCACAUUUGGCCCUAAUUGUGAACAAAGAGCUCCUGACUACACCUCAGAGGAAGUCGAUGGUUCCUGGAGCUGCUGGGAGCAAUGGAGUCGCUGUGGAGCUUUCAUGAAAAGACAUCGCAGGAGGAGGUGCGAUAACCCCGCUCCCUUGAGAGGAGGCCAACCUUGCGAGGGCCCCGACACGGAUGAGGAGCCGUGUCACAUCUCCCUCUUUAAAGGAGAGGAAACAUGUGACAAUGAUGAUGACUUCUCUAUGGGAUGGAGGGAAGAGCUGCCUCCUGGUGUGAAAGGCUGUCCCAGGCCACCGCCACCCGGCAAUAGCUUCCUCAGGAAAGCAAAGCAGUACUAUGACUUUGGUGAGGAUGAGGAGCUCAGGUGCUACACCGGAUUUGACAUGGAAGGUUUCCAGUUCAUCAACUGUCUUCCAGAUGGGACGUGGAGUCAACCAAAAGGGAGGUGCCUCAGAAAGAUCUGCCUUCCUCCUAACAUCCCUGACAGCAUGACAUUGUCACCCAACAAAGAGGAGUACAAAGUGGGUGACAUAGUGGGUUUUAACUGCGUUGAGGCGAACCUGUUUCCACUGCCUCGAGGUCUGCACAGGUGUGGCAACAGCCUCACCUGGGAGCCCCCAUUACCUGCAGCACUACACUGCACUGAUGAGGAACCGUAUCAACCUGACAGUCAGUGCGGUCCUGGUGAGCAACGUCAAGGCUCUCAAUGUGCCUGCAUACCACGGGAGAGCUGCUUAACUCAACCGGAGAGUCUGUGCGUCCUGAACACCGACGUCAACGUCACCGUGCCGAUGUCCCUCUGCUCCUUCUCCGCCGGCCGUUGCCAUGGCGAUCCCCUCUUCUUCGUUAGCGACGGCGCUUGCGACGCGGUAGAUCCGGCUGAACUGGAGUGGGCCAGGUUCCGAGCCACGUGGGCCUUGAAGAGUUCCGUCCGGGAGCCGUGCGACCUCAACGUUUGUUACGAAUGGGAGACCUGCUCGUCGUCUACAAAAUGUGAAUGCAGAGCUGCUCGGGAUUGUCCUCGAGUUACGGAGCACAUGUUCUGCCUCAAGCUGACGAGAGGCCAGAUGACUCGCAGCAUGAAUCUUUGCUCCAUGGUCGCCCUCAAGUGUGCCAACUACCAGUUUGAGAUCCUCAAUGAAGGAGCCUGUACUGUAUAAUACAUUGCUUGAUGCCAGGGGCUCGCGGUGAGGUUAAUGUCUGGUGAGGCACUGCAUCAUCACAGUCAGAUUUACAAACAUAUGAACCCUAAAUAGUAUCUUAUUCACCAUGUGAUUGGCAGCAGUUAACGGGUUAUGUUUAAAAGCUCAUACCAGCAUUCUUUACACAACUGUAGCACACAAAAAAGCACAUUUAAUUAAAAAAAAACAUUAUUAUGGUCUUACCUUUCUUGCUGGACAUCCACACAGCCAGCCUUUGCGUGUGUACCACGCCGUUUGAAAAGAACGAGUCUUCUGUCCCGAAGUCAAAAGCAAACCUUUUAGCUCCGGCGUUGGUCUACCUUUAAUUAUUACCUCCUGCUUCGAUUGAAAGUCCAGUUUAGAAAACUGUUUUAUUUUACAUAUGUAAUCCUCCAUGUUUUUAAUAAAAGUCCAGGCGAGAGGAAAUAAACAAUCGCUGCAAACUUUUUUUUCUUUUUUCUUCUGCGGCCGAGGAAUGAUCUCUGGGAUCACUACCGCCCUCUACCACCAGGAGGCCGGAUUACUGCGAGCCUCAACCAGUACGUCUUUUGCAGCAGAUUUAUGAAUGCUCAGCACAAGAAAUACCUAGGGAUGAUAUUUGAUAAGGAAUUAUCGAGUUCGAGCCUAUUAUCGAAUCCUCUUAUCGAACCGAUUCCUUAUCGAUUCUCUUAUCGAGUCCAGAUAGGUUGUUGUAUAUGGAAAAAAACACACAAUAUUUGGUUUAACAAAAGCUCACUUUUAUUAUAUAAUAAAAAAAUAAAAUCUAAUAAAUAAAUAAAUAUUGACUGUUACCCACCUAAAAAAAUAAAAUGAAAUAAAUAAAUAUUGACUGUUGUUACCCAAAGUAUAUUAAGUGGGAUUUUUCAGAGAAACAAAUAUAUACAGUAACACAAAAACAACCUGUCUCUGUGAUCACUAUAGAUGUAUAAAUAAUAAUAUAGUGUUAAAUAAAAUCAGUCCCUUGGGCAAAAAACUGAAAAUAAUACAGCUCUCCAAAAAGUGCACUUCUGCUGCUAUUUGACAUAACUGUUUGUUAUGAUGCUUUGACAUUUUUGCACUUUAUUUCUUUAUUGAAAGAAAAUUCUAUGAAGAGAAAAGUUCUUUGCAAAUGUGGUUACAAUGCUAAAAAAUGAAAAGUUAAAGCUAAAAAAAGAAAUACACUUUAUUGAGUUAACAUUAUUUCUUUAUGGGGGAAAUGUUAUGAGCUAGAGAAUAUAACAACUACACUACCCAGCAUGCAACGGGAGUUACGAGCAUGCGCGGUAGCCCCGAAAAGUGUUGCAUGUCGUCACCCGUGAAAGUAAACGUCAAGAACUCAGCCAACACGCCUCAUCUGCAUUAUUUAUAAUUAGACAGACAACACAUCUACAGUGUGAUUUUGUUUUGUUUACAAGGAAAGAAAAACAAAAGUUAAAAAAGGGAGAUGUAUGUUGUAUAUAUAUGUAUGUGCUGCGGUUGUUUUAAGAACGUUGCGACAGCUGCCGUAAACGAGGUGCGUUGCUAGCCUGGUUGGUCGUAAAAGUGUUCGUCAUGUGUUUUACCCUGCUAAAAUCUCUCAGUAAAAUUAUUCGAUGGAUUAUAGCUUUUGUUUUGAACUUUAUUACACCUUGGAGCGCUUUUUCCCGUCCAUUGUUUUCCUGCUUUCGCUAUCUGCGCCUAAUGACUGAGCUACGUGACGCCAUUUCUUGUGAUGCCCCACGGAGCAUUUCUGGUCGGGACGGGAUUCGAAUAAAGAAUCAACUCUUUUCCUUUACUAUAGUGGUCUCGAUAACGGGUACCGGUUCUCAAAAAGGGAUUCGAGUCCGAGGACUCGGUUCUUUUCUUAUCAAACAACCGAGAAAACCGGUUUCGAGUAUCAUCCCUAGUUACACACAUACAGUUUUUGACAAAAUACACUGUACAUUAUAUACCUCAGCUAACUAAACUAUGCCAUAGUUUAGUUAGCUGAUAUAAUUCAUAUAGCAAUACAGUCUCACUGCACAGCAGCUCAGCAGUUAGCCGAGUCAUUGUGCACAAUCCAUGUUGAGGCACAAAUCAGUGACGUGCCUCAACUGGCUGCUGAUCGUCUCUUCUCAGUAUUUGAACGGCAAAUGUGAAAAUAAAAAUACAAAUAAUCUAAAACUGGUGAAGUUAAAUGGAAAAUAACUUUAGUAUAAUCACUGGAUACAUAUAACAAUUUAAUAUAUUUUUUUUCUUUUUACAUUUUUUUUCUUUCCAUGAUGGCAGGUGAGGCCCCGCCUCCCCUGCCUCUAGUGACUGCACGCCACUGGUGUGGCCCUACACUAGAUUUUGCUGGUGGCCCCGGUCUGUAAUAAUUAGGGUUAGAUCAGUGGUUCUUAACCUUGUUGGAGGUACCGAACCCCACCAGUUUCAUAUGUGCAUUCACCGAACCCUUCUUUAGUAAAAAAUAAAAAUAAAAAAUUCAAAGUUGAAGACAAAGUUAUGUGUUUUUGGUAACACUUUAGUAUGGGGAACAUAUUCUAAGUAAUAAAGACUUAAUUUAGAGUUAUUUGGUUAGGGUUAAGGUUAUAGGGUUAGAGGGUUAGGGUUAUAAUAAGGCCAUGCCGAAUAAGGCAUUAAUAAGUACUUAAUAAUGACUAGUUAAAAGCCAAUAUGUUACUAAUUUGCAUGAUAAUAAGAAACUAAUUAAUGGUGAAUAUUCCCCAUACUAAAGUGUUACCAUGUUUUUUUACUGGUGCACAAAAUGAACCGUGCAUGAACAUCACCUUGUUCAAAGAACAAAACCAACACAGUGCUUAAACUCACAACAAAUUACACACCUGCAAACCAGUCAGCUGUUGCCGUAUCCGUAAUACGCCGAUAGGGAGAAGUUUGUAUUCACACGAUGAGUCGGGUGUGUUUUGACCUCCGCCGAACCCCUAGGGUUCAAUCGAACCCAGGUUGAGAACCACUGGGUUAGAUUCAUCACAUUAAACCCUCCAAAGCCACAAAAUGUCGCUAGUAAUGGAAAAUAUUAACCAGGGUUGUAAAAAGUCGAGUUAGGAGGCCAUUUGUGGGCCCAGAUAAGUUGUUUACGGUAUAGCUCAGUUGGUAGAGUGGCCAUGCCAGCAACUUGAGGGUUCCAGGUUCGAUCCCCGCUUCUGCCAUCCCUUUCACUGCCGUUGUGUCCUUGGGCAAGACACUUUACCCACCUGCUCCCUGGUUUAAAAAUGUAACUUAGAUAUUGGGUUUCACAAUGGAAAGCGUUUUGAGUCACUAGAGAAAAGCGCUAUAUAAAUAUAAUUCACUUCACUAAGGCAUUUUUCGGACUAUAAGACGCAUCCUUAUUUUCCUCCUCAAAUCUCGACAGUGCGCCUUAUAACCCGGUGCGGCUAAUGUACUGAGUAAUUCUGGUUGUGCUUACCGACCUCGAAGCAAUUUUAUUUGGUACAUGGUGUAAUGAUAAGUGUGACCAGUAGAUGGCAGUCACACAUAAGAGAUACUUGUAGACUGCACUAUGACUCAAGUAAACAACACCAACAUUUUAUAUGUUCCAUUGAAAGUAUAGAAUAUUACACACGGCACUCAAAAAUCCAUCAAAAUGUUUUAGAACGACUUUGGUAAGCUAUGAAGCCACACCGCUUGAUGGAUUGUACUGUGCUUCAGCGUACGAGUAUUAUUAUGGUGUGUGUAUAAGGUAAGACAUAUUAUCCGGCGUUUUAUUUCGCAAUAUUAUGCAAAAGCAACUUUUCUUACCUUCUGGUACCUGCUGGUCUGUAUUUGGGAUCUGCAUUAAUCCUGAAAAUUUGCACGCGUCCGCCUUUGUAGUCCGUACCGACACAGUAGUCGAUAAGCUUCUUCUUUUUCUCUAUUUUCUUGUUAUGGGACAUUCAUCCUCCGCUGUUGCCAUUUCUAAUAUAAAGUAGUGUAAAGUUCUUACUUAUAUCUGUCAGUAAACUCACCAUGGAAGCGCUAAAACAUACCGGUGUAGUGAGUUUACAUUAUUCACCCAAGGAACUUUAGUUAUUAGAGAGUUCCGGUCAGACGGUUUUACACGGGACACAUUUUCGGCCUCAUUGUUGUUUCCGGAUGAGGAGAUGCUGCUCCGUUAUUGAUUUAAGUAAAGUCUGAAUGUCAUUAAAACAAUUAGUUCCAUCUUUGCCACGUAAAUACGACCGCCCACAAAACGGCGCAUCCUGAAGCGACUGUCAGAAAGUCGCUUGAAGAUGAUCUGUAAAACAUAAUCUAUGCAACAUUUUGACCAAAGAACCACCAUUACAUGUUAUGUAGACCACAAGGAAGUGUUUUACAUUUAGAAAAAAAACAAAAAAAUAUGACCCCUUUAAUGCGCCUUAUAAUCCGGUGCACCUUUUGUAUGAAAAUAGACCUGACUAAACCCGCUCAUCGGCAGUGCGCCUUAUAAUCCGGUACACCCUAUGGUUCGGAAAAUACGGUACUGUUAUUAAAACAAAACAUUAAAAGUAUAAUAAAAAAACAAAAAACAGGUGGAAUGUAACUGUCAAGGGCUGGUGUUUGACUGGACCCCAGGAUUUAGAGACGGCAGGCAAAGUGCAGAGAAAGAGGCUUCUUUAAUAGGGCCGGUGCAGGAAAAAAAAAUCAAUGAUGUGCAGCAGGGAAGUGCACAAGGGGCAGGCGGGCUAGGAAAGCAUAAAUCACAAAAAGCAAAGUAAAACUUAAAGUAAACCCAGUCCCUGAUUAUAAAGCUUCCUUAUUGCCAACCAACGUGGAAAACGACGCGCUGAAACAGAAACAAACACAAAACACAAGUCCAAAACUAUCAUGUGGAAUCAAAAAGUUAUUUUUGUAUGGGUUUGGAAAAUGAGAACCAUUUGGACACCCCUGAUAUAAAGUAUACAUUUAUAUGGACUUGGCCAUUGUCAGAGCUUUUCCGAUGGCCUAGUGCAAUAGCGUGUUUAAGCCAUUGUGGGCCUUAUCUACUAAAGGGUUGCAUGUAUUAAAACACCUGCAAACUUGAUGGUGCCCCCAAAGCUGAUCCGCUAAGAUUGUGUGCAGAUGAUUGCAUUUUUUUGGAUGUGCAAAAUACAGAGUGCAAUCCAUUUAGCGUGUCUUUCUUCAUGAUUGAUGUACUGUAUGAUGAUUAUUAGAAUGCCCACAAUACUAGGGAAGAGAUGCAAAUAUAACCAUUUAGCGCUUUUCAGUGUGAUUUAUUAAGACUGUUUUGCGUCCAUAUAUUGCACGUACAGAAAAUAUGUGCAAACUUGGACAGUUGCACACAAAUGGCUGCGAGAAAGGUGCUACAAAGACAGUCUGUGUGUCAACAUAUUUAGAAAUAAACUUAUUAGCAAUAUCAUGAUAUACUUUUGUAACUGCUAGAUGACCUAAGGGGCUGAUUAAAACAAAUUAAACAGAAUUGCAGCGUUGCUUGC